AUGGAGCAACGACGUGUCCAGUCCUUCACUUCGAGCCCUUACCAAUACGUGGUGGACUAUCCUGGAUCGCAGGAUCUCUCCCGAUGUGAUUCGCAUGAGCCUAUCCCCAUGAAGCAUGGUAACGGAUCGUACGAUGAACGGAUGUCUUUCCACCACCUUGCUCGCGAGACAUCAACUACGCGAUCAUUGAGCGCUCCGAUAGACGCCUUCGAUCCAUGGCUACUCGAGGGACCAGGCUGUGGCAGUCCAAUGUCCACAAGUUCUUCGAUAAGCCACAACGAGAGCCUUCCCACGCCACCUUACACCGGCAUGCCAAUGUACGAUAACGUCGAAAGCCCGGCAUUCCAUCAUGUUCGCUCUCCAGUCAACCACGAAGCCUGGGCAGCAGAACCAGAACAUGUCUGGAGACCGAGUUACCCUGACCUUCCCACAUGGGGCUCGCAACAGUUUUCGUUGCCUUACCACGGUGGUCCAGCCUGCGAUCAGAUGUCACUGCAACCGGUUCAGCAAUACGUCCCUCACUCUGGUCCUUCAGUAGCCCCGGCAUACAUUCCCUACCACGCGCCAGCUCCCUUUACUACUGCCAGGGUUGCUAACCCAGGGCCCUUGAAGAAGGAACUGCCUAGUGACGCUGGGCACAGUGACAAGGAAAGCGACUCAGAAUCCGAAGACUCUGAGAGCGAUGAUGAAGCCUCGUUGCACGGUUCGUCAUACUCGUCCUCCCGGCGGUCUGGAGCGAAUGCCAACGUCAUGAAGCUCGGAAAAUGGGGCGAGAAUCCUGCUUCGUAUCCCCUCCAUCACACGCUUGACGUAAGGCACUGGCAAUGUCCUCUAGACGACAAGGACCAUCCUGGAGUCCCAUGCCCAAAAAGAUUCCAACGACCGGAACACCUUCGACGCCACGUCAGGACUGUCCAUGGCAAUGACAGGUGCCACUUCUGCAAAGUGUGUCCCAAGACCUUCUCUAGGGGUGACAACCUUCGUGAUCACUACUGGACGCACGUGAACCGUGGAGGCAGAGCAGGGAAGAACAACAAGAUGAGCAUUCCUGAGUUGAAGGCAAUUCUCGGUCCCAAGGAGCGGCCGCUCAUCAGACGUCUCAAGAUGAAACUGAACCUGCUGAAGGAAAGGAACAUGAGAGCGAAGCUUUGA